AUGCCUUCCGUUUCAUUCGCAACCUUCCUCAUCAUUUGCCCCGUGUCCUUUUUCUUGGGCAUCCUCUUCUCCCUCUUUCCCUAUGACUACCCGCUCCUGUGGUCCUCGCUGCCCACACCUCCCUCUCACUUUGACGCCAUCGAAUCACAUCUAAAACUACUCCACAAUGCGCCCAACCUGAUUGUGCGGAUUCUACAUAUGAUGCUUGGCGUCGGCAUCCUAGGGCUUGUUAUUAAACUGUACAAGCCCAGCGAGUCGAAUGUGCUCUUCGACGGUGGCAGUUUGGUGCUGUACAUGGUUGCGGUGAUUGUGUAUAUUGCGAAUAUUGUCAAGGGACUGAGGAUUGUCAACGACGGUACAUACGGGCUGGGCAUGGAAACAUUGACGCAGGAUGAACUUGAUGAUGUCAAUUCGCGUGGCUAUGACGUUAAUACGGGGGACAGCGUGCUUGGAAGGGAGGACAAUCUCAAGGUGUUGGCGGCCAGCAACACCAUUCUGGCGCUCGUGCUUGUGGGCGUGUUGGUGUUGCAGGUCGGCCAGUGGUACGCGGACCGGACGGAUGAAAAUGCCCUGAGAGAGUUUGAGGCGAAGGAAAAGGCGGAACGAGAGAGGAAGGAACAGGAAGCUUCGAGUCCGACCGUGAAAAGGCAGAGUAGCGGGAGGGAGGGAAAGAAGACCAAGUGA